AUUCACCUGCGGCACCAUACACAGCCUACUUGUUUUCCCUGUUUUAGUAGCAACAGGUGUUUCCAAGCGUUAAGUUGUUUGAUGGUACUCGCGGAUGUUGGUGUCUUCGCACCCCAUACGUCUCUCCACCCACCCCUCGUGCGAUGGGUUAGUGCAACGUGCGGUGACUUUUGUGCGCAAUUUUUCUGUGAAUACCCAUUAAGAUAAUGAACUUCAACUAUGCCACCGGCAACGCUACUUCUAAGGGAACCGGCGACAUCCUCCCUAACCUCCAUAGUUGAGAGGUCCCAGCGAAGACUCCCCCCAUUUGCUCAAUACGACUUGCGGAUCAACUCAACUCAACUGGACCUCGAACUGAUAUCCUCUCGGCCGGUGACCGACCCCAAAUUAGCAACGGACGAAGGAUUCGAAUCGGACAUCGACACAGUUUCGCUAGUUUCCAGUGAUGACAGUUUUACCUCGGGAAACGUGCGCGAACUAAAAAUUCAAGAGACUGAUAGCGCGAACGGUUCCGCAAGUUCUGAUUCGGACACCGAACCGGUAAUCGCAAAACCAUCCCCUUUACCCGCCACCCCCACGACCGAAAGUCAUAGUCUAGUCAACUGCGUGUGCUACACGGACAUCAAAUUCCCCCACCUCCUAGUGUUUGUGAUCAAAUGCGACGCUCUAGUGUUCAAAUUUGAAAAUCUGACGGCCCUUAAGACCUUCUACUCCAACUUCAGCACGUUUAAGGCGAUCACCAAUCAGAAAACCUACAGCUCGGCCAACACCAAAUUCAACCUCCUGCAAAGGACAGACAGAAAUGGAAUUACCCACAUCGAGAUCACGAAAGGACUGGAAACUCGGCUCAGCCUCCCAAAGGGUCCGGACAACAGCAAAAUAAUUAGCCUAAAUACGCCGGAUUUCAAACCGGCAAACCAUAAUGAAAGUAGACUGUAUCUUAAAAACGCCAAUUUGAGACAGCGCAGUGAAAGUCAUUCGCACCGAUCGCCUUCGAUAGAGAACAUUUUAAGUACACAAUCACUUUCGAACACCAACAGCUUAAAGAAAGUCUGGAAGUCCGCCGAGGAUCUUCUGGGCGAGGCGCCCAAGCGACCCGAACGCAGGCGUAAGAAGCAACGGGCACCGGACCCUCCCAAACCCGCCGUGCUCCCCUGCCAACUCGUGCGCGUCGACGUCAAACAGUCGCGCUUCCAGGCGCUAACGCAGAAAAUCCUCCCGAUGUACCCGGCGAAAAAGGCGCCGGAGUGGACCUACUCGGUGCCGAGGUUCCUGCGGCGACCGCGAAGUCAGAGCGAGACGCGCAAUAUCACCUCCCUCGACUACGGUUACGUCGACUUCACCUACAAGACGGAGGCCGUCUCGAAUCGCCUCUUCGGGAUGUCGUCCAAAUUGAAAGACUUCGGCAGUAAGACGAUCGGUCGCAAUUACGAUUGGGAGGAGACGCGCAGGGGUAGCCUCGGAGGGCUCGGCUACGCCAACGGGGGUAGUUUAAAGAGUGUGAUUAAGAAGGACGAUAAUAAACGGAAGAGUAUCGAGAAGAAGGUGACAUUCAGUGCUUACACUACUGUGCAAGUCGUUUAAGACUGCGGUACAACCUCCUCUAGCAGUUUUGGCUAGAUCCAGGUAUUGUGCACAUUGUUGUUACGUUUCUAAUAUCCAACACCCUGUAUAUAAAAGCUAAAGUGUAUAUACGAUGUAAAUUUUUGAAUAAAUCUUUUUGUUGA